AGUGUGGCCUACGGCCGGAAGUGAGCCCGGCGUUCUGGGAUCCGCGUCUUCCCGGGUCUUUGAGGCGCGGGGCCUGCGUUUGCGGCCGCCAUGGCGCACCGCUGUCUGCUGUUGUCCGGCCGGGGCGGCGGCUGGCCCCGCGGCCUGCCCCCGCUCCUCCUGCCUGGAGGCGGUGCGGGCCCUAGCGGGCGAGCCUGCCUCCGCACGCUUUAUCGAUACGCUACAACUCAAGUAACAACCAGUAGAAAUGCUCUUUUCUCAAAUGUUAUUGCUGUUUAUCGAAGACUAUGUUCUCGACCUCCGAAAGGUUUUGAAAAAUACUUUCCUAAUGGAAAGAAUGGAAAAGCUAAUGAACCUAAAGAACUCAUGGGAGAAAAAAAAGAAUCAAAGCAAGCUAAUGCACCACGUUCUUCUGGAGGAGGAGUUGGUGGUGGUGGAAAACGAGGUGGCAGGAAAGAUGAUUCUCACUGGUGGUCCAGGUUCCAGAAGGGUGACUUUCCAUGGGAUGACAAGGAAUUCAGAAUGUACUUUAUUUGGACUGCUUUAUUUUGGGGUGGUGUCAUGUUUUACUUCCUGUUCAAGAGCUCUGGGAGAGAAAUUACCUGGAAGGACUUUGUCAAUAACUAUCUUUCCAAAGGAGUAGUAGAUAGACUGGAAGUCGUCAACAAGCGUUUUGUUCGAGUGACUUUUACGCCAGGAAAGACACCUGUUGAUGGGCAGUACGUCUGGUUUAAUAUUGGCAGUGUGGACACCUUUGAGCGGAAUCUAGAAACUUUCCAGCAAGAGUUGGGCAUCGAAGGGGAAAAUCGGGUACCUGUUGUCUACAUUGCUGAAAGUGAUGGUUCGUUCCUCCUGAGCAUGUUGCCUACAGUCCUCAUAAUUGCUUUUUUGCUGUACACUAUAAGAAGAGGGCCUGCUGGCAUUGGCCGGACAGGCCGGGGAAUGGGCGGACUCUUCAGCGUGGGAGAGACCACUGCCAAGGUCCUAAAGGACGAGAUAGAUGUGAAGUUCAAAGAUGUGGCCGGCUGUGAGGAGGCCAAAUUAGAGAUAAUGGAAUUUGUGAAUUUCUUGAAAAACCCAAAGCAGUAUCAAGAUCUAGGAGCAAAAAUCCCAAAGGGUGCCAUUCUCACUGGUCCUCCAGGCACUGGGAAAACACUGCUGGCUAAAGCAACAGCUGGAGAAGCCAAUGUCCCUUUCAUUACAGUCAGUGGAUCUGAGUUUUUGGAGAUGUUUGUUGGUGUGGGUCCAGCCAGAGUCCGAGACUUAUUUGCCCUUGCUCGGAAGAAUGCCCCUUGCAUUCUCUUCAUUGAUGAAAUAGAUGCAGUGGGAAGGAAGAGAGGAAGAGGCAACUUUGGAGGGCAGAGUGAACAGGAAAAUACACUCAAUCAACUGCUUGUGGAAAUGGAUGGUUUUAACACAACAACAAAUGUGGUCAUAUUGGCAGGCACCAAUCGACCAGACAUCCUGGAUCCUGCAUUGCUGAGGCCAGGGCGCUUCGAUCGGCAAAUCUUUAUUGGACCACCAGAUAUAAAAGGAAGAGCUUCUAUUUUCAAAGUUCACCUCAGACCACUAAAACUGGACAGUGCCCUGGAAAAGGAAAAACUGGCAAGAAAACUUGCAUCCUUAACUCCAGGGUUUUCAGGUGCUGAUGUAGCCAAUGUCUGUAAUGAAGCUGCUUUGAUUGCUGCGAGACACCUUUCAGAUUCCAUCAACCAGAAGCACUUUGAACAAGCAAUUGAACGAGUGAUUGGUGGCUUAGAGAAGAAAACCCAGGUUCUGCAGCCAGAGGAGAAGAAAACAGUGGCAUACCAUGAGGCGGGCCACGCAGUUGCCGGCUGGUAUCUGGAACAUGCAGACCCACUUUUAAAGGUAUCCAUCAUCCCACGGGGCAAAGGAUUAGGAUAUGCUCAGUAUUUACCAAAAGAGCAAUACUUGUAUACCAAAGAGCAGCUCCUGGACAGGAUGUGUAUGACUUUAGGUGGUCGAGUGUCAGAAGAAAUCUUCUUUGGGAGAAUUACAACUGGUGCCCAAGAUGACUUGAGAAAAGUAACUCAGAGUGCAUAUGCCCAAAUUGUUCAGUUUGGCAUGAAUGAAAAGGUUGGGCAGAUCUCCUUUGACCUUCCACGUCAGGGGGACAUGGUAUUGGAGAAACCUUAUAGUGAAGCCACCGCAAGACUGAUAGAUGAUGAAGUACGGAUACUUAUUAAUGAGGCUUAUAAAAGAACAGUAGCUCUUCUCACAGAAAAGAAAGCUGAUGUGGAGAAGGUUGCUCUUCUCUUGUUAGAAAAAGAAGUAUUAGAUAAGAAUGACAUGGUUGAGCUUUUGGGCCCCAGACCAUUUGCAGAGAAGUCUACCUAUGAAGAAUUUGUGGAAGGCACUGGCAGCUUGGAUGAGGACACAUCACUUCCCGAGGGGCUGAAGGACUGGAACAGAGAGCGGGAGAAGGAGAAGGAGAAGGAGAAGGAGGAGCCCACUGAGGAGAAGGUGGCCAGCCAGGUCACCGAGGGGGCGCCGCUCUGACACCCUGCGGUACUGCCACGGCUCUGUUGCCCAGCUGGUCAUCACCCAGUGGGGGAAGGGUCCUCAUCCCAGCCCCGGCAGCUGCCGGGGGGUGGCAGUGUGACUUUCUGAAAGUCCCAACGGAGAGCUGCAGGCCGCCCGCCCAGCACCAGGCUCUGCCCACAACCACACCACCCAUAAGCUGCCCGUUGGCCCUGCCUGGGCUUAUGCCACCUGCGGGGCCCAGGGUACGGUGUUUCAACAGUGUUGGAGAGGCCCUUUCUUUUUUCAUCGCUCAUUCUUCAUUCCUGUUUUCCUCAGUUUCUCUCUGCAGAAGCAGGGGACAGAUGGGCUGUGAAAUUACAUGGGAGUCCUGAUAAGAAUACUUUAAUUUGACUUAAUAUUUUGAAGAUUGAAUCCAGAUCACUUGUUGCUGUUUUAAUGGAAUGGUUUUCUACAGAGCUGUAAUAUAUUUAAAAAUGAAUGUAUUGUGUAAAUACAGCUUCUUUGCAUCAAAAAUAAAAAGUAAGCU